CAAGCUGCUUGGCCCCAGUUUACAUUUACAUCAAGCUCAUCAGUUAAAUUCACAUUAUGAAAGUUCCGCACCUACUGCUCCUGUCUCUCGGCAGUGUCAAUGUGCUUGCUGUCAGCCGCCGUAGCACAUUCCAGCCUGCCAAUGCAUCCAACGGCACGGCGCCUCAAGCCAAGAGAUACAUUAUUGAAUUCAAACAAGGAUCCGACUACACUGCCAUCCAGGACAGCAUAGCAGCGCAGCCGGGGACCACUAUUCUUCGCACAUUCAACACUGACGUCUUUGCUGGCGUCAGUGUCGAGUCAAUCAGUCAAAAUGUUGACUCGCUCUCAGAAUUCACUUCAGUAGCGCAAACAUGGACUUCCAAGAUCAUUACGCUCGACACAUCAGUUCCUUCUCGGGCAUGGACUGCCGUCGAUGCAGCAGCCGAGGCCGCAUCAAGUAAUUAUUCAGUGCAUGCACAAACAGGUGUCGACAAGCUACACGCCGCAGGCAUCUUCGGCGAGGGUGCAGUGAUCGCGGUAGUCGACACAGGCACUCAAUACACCCACCCCGCCCUCGGAGGCUGCUUCGGAGCCGGCUGCAAGGUCGCGGGCGGCUAUGACCUCGUCGGUGACGGGUGCUGGCCAGACUUAGGAUGUGAUCUUGAACCAGACGAUGAUCCUAUGGAUCAGAUCGGCCAUGGAACGCAUGUGUCGGGCAUUGCUGUGGGCCAAGCCCCCAACGGCAUCUUCGUCGGGGUUGCCCCCUCGGCCACGUUGCUCUCGUACAAAGUCUUCACUGACCUCGACGACACGACCGAGGACAUACUCAUCGAAGCAUUUCUCAUGGCGUAUGAAGCAGACGCAGACAUCAUCACAUGCAGUGUCGGUGGUGCCGGCGGCUGGUCCAGCGAUGCAUGGGCGGUCGUGGCGUCGAGGAUCGCAGAGCAGGGAGUCAUCGUCACCAUUGCGGGAGGCAAUGACGGGGUAGAGGGACCUUAUUACACCUCGGACGGAUCGUCUGGGCAGAACGUGCUCGCCGUGGCCUCGAUCGAGGCGGAGACGACGGCUGAGAUUGCCUUCCUCGCUAACUUCACAGUGAGCAACCAGACGAGUUCUGCCGCGGUCGGUUAUUACUCGGGCUUCGAACCGAUCCCAUAUACAUACACCGGAUUCCCCAUCUACGCCCUCUCCCUAAACACAAGCUCAACCACUGAUGCGUGCGAGCCUCUCGACAUCGACCUCGAAGGCAAUAUCACGCUGGUCCGCGUAGGAGACUGCGACAGCAGUGUUCAGCAGACAAACGUCCAAAACGCUGGCAGUCAUGUCACCUUGUGGUAUCUUGGAGACGACCCCUCCGACAUUCCUGGAUACCUGCCCACCGGAGGCUUCACAGGCGUCAUUUCUGCCGACAGUGGCGCCGCCAUCAUCGAGACCAUCAAGUCGGGUGGUAAAGUGACGGGAGACUUCACGACUAUUGACGCAGAUAACUACUUCGUUGGCAUGCCCAACCCGGAAGGCACCGGUGGACUGCCCAACUACUUCACAUCCUGGGGUCCUUUGUACGAUCUCAGUAUCAAGCCGGAUAUCGCUGCACCUGGAGGUGAUAUCCUCAGUACAUAUCCAACCGACGCCUAUACCGUGCUUAGUGGAACUUCGAUGGCGACACCUUACAUCGCGGGCGUGGCAGCUCUGUACAUCGGCAAGUUUGGCGGCCGCAGCAGCAAUUCUGCUUUCAAUGCCAGCGACCUCAUGAUGCGCAUCAUUACCAGCGGCGACUCUCUCCCCUACUUUGACGGACAGACCUUGACCAACUACGGCCUGUACGCGCCCACGGCGCAGGUUGGUACAGGAAUUAUCAACGCGUCGAAAGUUCUUGACUUCACGUCAUCUUUAUCAUAUUCUAAGUUCGCUCUUAAUGACACGGCAGAUUUCGUCUCAUCCCACUCGGUCGAGAUCACGAACGCUGCCGAGGAAUCGGUUACGUAUACUUUCGAUGUCCAAGACGCCGCGGGAUUCGAGACCUGGCUGUCUGCUGAUUCGAGUGACGAUACCACACCAAGGCCAGUGGACUUUGUGGAAUUGGUGCCCAUUGAGAUCAAGCCUAGCGUUUCACUGCCAGAUGUGGCAACUCUUGCAGCUGGGGAGACUCUUACAGUGUCCUUUGAAUUUUCAUAUCCGACAGGGUUCGAUAACCUCCCACUAUAUAGUGGCAAGAUCCAGAUCAACUCAAGUCUUGGUGAAUCGUUGUCCGUGCCCUAUCUUGGUAUUGCUGGUAAUCUUGAGGAAACAAUCGCCGAUCAGUGGCAGCCUGGCUAUCCUUAUGUGGUGUCAGGGCUCAGCGCAACCAAUAUCAGCGACGACUCUUCAUUUACAUUCAACCUUUCGACAACCUCGCAAGACUUCCCCCAAUUGUUUGUUCGAACACAAUGGGGCACCGAAGAGCUACGGUGGGAUAUCUUUGAACAAGACUGGACAGAGUCAGAGUGGUCAUACCCGCCAGUUGUUGGAAAGGAUGGCUACGUGGGAUCAGUCACGUACUGGGCGUACUCGGGCGAGGUCACUGUUUACGAUGCAUCAGCGGACCCAAACACUACCAUUGCAUUCCCUUUGACAGACCUGCCCCGAACAACGGUGGAUAUUGCGGCGGAGGAAUACUGGUGGUUUGGAGGGCUGGCGAACGGAAGCCAGAUUGAGUCCGGUGAUUAUGUAAUGCGUUUGGCAGCUUUGCUGCCUUUUGGAGAGCCCACUUCCUCGGAAGGAUGGUCAACCUAUACGAACAACUUUACUGUUCUGCCGCUAUAGAUAUGCUCAGGUGUUGUCAAGAGUUCUAUACGCAGUCCUAUUGCAUGAUGAUAAAUGGGAGGCUAUCGACACAUCAUGUUAUUUUUUUGACCUUAUCAAACCCGGACAAUCAUUGCAAUUUUAUGAGACUAUACCAAACGAAGCACAUAGAUAUAAUCAUUCCCUUUUGCAUCAAUAGGCUAUCAAUUCGAUGUCAUGGAAAAGCUCGGCUUCAAUGAGUAAUUGAAGUGUGAUUGUCAUCCCUG